CAAUAUCGGAGAGGGCGGGGGUGAGUGCAGAGCUGAGCGGGCAGGUCGGGGCGAGUUAGAGAAAGAGGUGACUCCCCCCGGCAUGGUACUGCCCUACGACUCCGCAGGAAACCAGGGCGGGCGCAUUCAGCUGACUGAGUGGGAGGAGCCUGAGUUGCAUUGGAAGCGCUUGUAGCUCAGUAACUGAUCAGAGUGACUCCGGGCUGACUCACCCAGCGCAGCUCCAGCAGAAGUUUCAUCAGCGCUGUACAGUAGCGAGAGGGGUCGGCGGUGUGUCCUGCGCUGUACAGAGAUCUGACGUGAGCUACAGCCAGUGAAGCUGAAGAGCCAGCAGUGCACCCAGUACUGGAUAAAUGGAAUAGCAGCACAGCCAGCAGUAUAGCUAGUGCAGGACACUUGGAACAGCAGCACAGCCAGCAGCAGCCAAGGAAGGAGAUCACUUGGAUUUCAGAGCUGAUCUCAUCACUUUCUAUCUCCCUGCCCCACUAGGGGCAUCUCUUGGGCACCUGCUGAGUUGCAGGAACAAGAUCGAACCCAGGCAGCCUCCUCCUUGUGAGUUCAGAUCUUGGAUCAUGUACCAGGAUUAUCCAGGGAAUUUUGACAGCUCCUCCUGUGGCAGCAGCAGCUCCCCAGCCCAGCCUGAGGGUUACCCCAAUAGCACCUUAUCUACCUCCAUCUUUCAGAAAUUCAGGACAGAUAUGCCAGGAUCCAGCAGUGCCUUCAUCCCCACCGUGAAUGCCAUCACUACCAGCCAAGAUCUCCAGUGGAUGGUGCAACCAACUGUCAUCACCUCCAUGUCCAACCCCUAUGGUCGCUCCCAUCCCUACAGCCACUCUGUGCAUAACUUGGCUUCAGUCACAGGUCAUUCGGCUCUGCAGAGACCCGGCGUUAUCAAAAGCAUUGGCACUACAGCGGGCAGGAGGAGAAGAGAUGAACAGCUCCCACCUGAGGAAGAGGAGAAACGGAGAAUCAGGAGGGAGAGGAAUAAACUGGCAGCAGCCAAAUGUCGCAACAGGCGGCGGGAAUUGACAGAUAAACUCCAGGCUGAGACGGAAAAGUUGGAGCAGGAGAAGUCUGGUUUACAGAAAGAAAUUGCCGAGCUUCAGAAGGAGAGAGAUAAAUUGGAAUUCAUGCUUGUCGCCCACUCACCAGCAUGCAAGAUAAGCACCAAUGACCGAACCAACUGUUCCCAGAGUGUCCGGCCCGUGAAGGUUGUCAUCAAGAAGGAGCCUGUUGAGGAAGACAUUGCAUUGGCCAAAGUCAUUGACAAAACCCAACGGUCUGUAAUUAAACCCAUCAAUAUUGCCGGAGGGUUUUUUAAUGAGGAGCCACUCAACACCCCUGUCGUCAUGUCAUCAACAUCCCCCAAUACCUCCAACCUUGUCUUCACAUACCCAAGUGUCCUAGACCCAGAUUCUUCAGCCUCGCCUUCAGAAUCUUGUUCUAAAGCCCACCGCCGGAGCAGUAGCAGUGGCGACCAGUCUUCUGAUUCUUUGAACUCUCCCACCCUGCUGGCUUUGUAAUGAUCACUGUAGAACUGCUUUCUUAAGAUCUAUCCGAAAAAGGGAACCAGCUAAUUGUGCAGGAUCUUCCCUAGGAAGUGUAUGAUUGUAUUUGCAAAACACCUAAAAGUUCAACCUAUAACUGGAUACUGAGCUCGAAUGUGGCCUGGGAGUUUGCCUGGACGCAGAAUAUAUGAUCAAGCUUGCAUUCUUUCAUACAGAUAUGAGCCUCACAUUUUGUUCCACUUAAAUCCUUUCUUAUUCAUCAGUGUACCCAAGACAUUUCAUCCAGUCUUUGCGGUAGAGGAUUGAUUUUCACUUGUUCUGAAUUUAUGAGGGCACUUUAAUGGAAUCACCUCUUUCUUAGAGGGGGGUUUAUUUCUUCACUGGAUGAAGGUACAGAAUUUAUUAUUAUGUUUUUCGAUUGUGAAUCUAGCAUUUCCCGACACAUACACCAUCCCAUCGUUUUUGUUUUUUUUUUGCUAUCAAAGUGGAAAUCAUUUUGGGUGGUUGAGAAGAUGGCAACACAAAUGGUGGCUUCACUCCAUGGAGCUUAUACAAUGCCAAAGGUGCGGAUUUUCGAAUCUCUUGGUUGCCUGUAUUGCAAACAAAUGUUUGGAUGUGAUCAAAGAAAACAAAAUAUGUUGGCAAUAUGUUGUCGCCCCAUGUGCCUUUUGGAUUCAGAGUUCAGAACCUUGCAAUGACUCAAAUAUACUUGACAAGCCAUAGAGAGUUAGAAACAAUUCUCUCCAUCAUGGUCCAGGUCGCUCUUUCACCCUCAAUGAAUUCUGUUUCAUUAGACACAUAGAAUUUGUAUUGUUCGUGGUGUUGUGACCAGUUCUUCUCCUUUUGUUUAUUGGGUUAUGACUUCCCGGGCGGCAAGUGUGCAGGGGCUGGUUACCUGCGUGGGACCCGGAGCUGACGGGAUUAUGCACAUAAGUCUUUAAGGUCUUCAAAUGCCUUUGAAUGUUACUAAGCACAAUGCAAUAAUGCCAACGGGUCAGGGUGGCGAAGAAAUGUAACAAGCAAAAAAGAGCUUCAGAACUUAUUUAAUGAAUGAACAGUGAGUACAGGUCUAUAAAGGGAACAGUAGGGUCUGCGUUGGUUGGAUAUAGCCAUGUAGUGCGAUGGAUAACUGCUACAUACCCCUGCUGCACGGCAUGUCAUUAAAUAUAUACAGAGGGUGAAAAUGAUCAAUAUUAAAGCCUAAAUUCUGAGCUUAUCCCUAAAUGAAUAAUUUCUUGAUCUUUGAGUCCUGUAAAUCGCUUAUUGCUGUGACCCCCCCAGAUACUAAUCAGCCGAGGGGUUUUUCCUGUCCGAGCAUCCACACCAGUCUAUAUUUAUGCACAAACUGGUGCCAAAGCCUCACGUACAGUCGCCCGUCACUGUAAUAUGUAUUCAGGGUCACCAGACUGAUGACCUUUACACAAAGCACAUGAGUCAUUUUGUUGCUGAGACUUAUUAAUUGGCACUAAUUGGCACAAAGACUCUCUGGGUUCUUGCUGAGUUUCCUUCCGUUCUUUUUUUUAUUUCCUGUUUCGUUGUGUCUCGCUGCUCUGGUGAUUUUAUUUUAAUUCUCAUUCUCUUUGGUUUUUUUUAAUAUCGGAUUAGUUACCAUUGUCUCCAAUGAAGAUCUUUUUGUUUUGGGGGAAACGACUGAUUCUUUUUUGUGGAUAACAAUUCGAUAUUGUUGUGAGCUCUAGAAUAUUUUUAGCUGAUGUAACUUCCACUGCCGAACAAUCACAGACAACGAGCGUCUCUCUACUUUUCCCUGAAUUUUUGGUAUAUGGUGUCAUACCUUGUGCACCACAGCUGUGCAUUUUUUAUGGAUGUCUUAAGUGGCAGAUGUUGCUCCAAAUCUAGCGGGAUAAAUGUCACUACUGCUCUAUCAUCGAGUUUAGCAUCUGUGUCUUGUGCUUGGCGAACCCACAGCUGCUAGGUGUCCCCCAAAUCUGUUUUUGUAUUUUGUUCUAAUAAUAUUCAUUUCAUGAAAGAUGCCGGAGGCUAUAAGCUGGAACAUUAGAUUUAUAAGAUGAGGUUGGAGGAAAUUCACAAAAUAUAAAUAUUUCUGGAUGUUUCUAAAAGUGGUAUUAAAAGACAAAUGAAAAAUGU